AUGGUCGUCAUGUCUUCACAAAAUAGCGUGACCGAAUCCGAGGGGAGGUAUCUUGAGGAUGGUUACUGGAAACAUGGCCGCUUCUACGGUUCCUGGAAGCCUGGCAAGUAUCUAUUUCCCAUCGAUUCAGAAGAGUUAAAUCGCUUGGAUAUAUUCCAUAAAGUCUUUCUGGUCGCUCGCGGCAACAAGCCCUUCCACUGUCCCAUCAUGCGGAAAACACCCAGAAUCAUGGAUCUUGGUACAGGGACUGGAAUUUGGGCUAUCAACGUCGCAGAAGACUGUCUCUCAGACGCCCAAAUUAUGGCUGUAGACUUGAACCAGAUUCAGCCCGCUCUAAUCCCUGUAGGGGUAAUGCCAAAGCAAUAUGAUAUCGAAGAACCGAUGUGGGGUCCGCUAUUAUCAGACUGCGACUUGAUCCAUCUGCGGAUGAUGCUUGGAAGCAUUCAGACCGAUUUGUGGCCCCAAGUGUAUCGCAAAAUAUUUGAGCACCUGACUCCGGGACUCGGCCACUUGGAACACGUGGAAAUCGACUGGACGCCCAGAUGGGAUGACGAUGAAAGGCCUUCGAACUCCUCAUUUACCCAGUGGGCAGAGUUGUUCCUGACUGGAAUGGACCAGUUCAACCGUACCGCAAGAGUGGCACCAGAAGAAACUCGACAAAUGCUCGAAGCUGCAGGGUUUACGGACAUCAAGCAGGAGAUUAUCCCGGCCUUUGUCUGCCCUUGGUCUCCUGAUCGGCGUGAACGAGAGAUCGCAAGAUGGUUCAACCUCGGUCUAAGUCACAGCCUGGAGUCUCUUAGCUUGAUGCCCUUGGUUGAGAAGCAUGGCCUGGGGCCUGAUGAGGUCCGUGAGCUAUGCGCAAGAGUCAAGCGCGAGAUCUGUAUUCUGCGCUACCACACCUACUGCAACAUUCACGUCUGGACGGCGAGAAAGCCCGGGCCCCCUCAGUAA